AUGUCUGUUGCUUCUAUCAACCUUUUUGCUGUUCUUGACGAGGAGAACUCCAUCAACCCCAAGGCCGCUGGCCCUGUCCGUGAGGUUGUUAAGAAGACUGCCUCUACCAAGAAGUCUGAUGUGAACCCCCGCAGCAACAACAGUGGCAGCAGACCCUCCAAGCGCCCCCAGUACCAGGGCAAUGAGGCUGCUUUCCGCGAUCGCAAUGCUGGCCGUGAUGCCAACCGUUCUCGUCCUCUUGAUGAGAAGACUGAGGGUGGUCGUCCUGCUCGCCGUGGCCCUCCCCGUGCCUCUGGCAACCGCAGCAAUGACAGACACUCGCGCUCUGGCAAGGCCGACACUGAAAAGACUGUCGAAAAGGGCUGGGGUGAUGACAAGAAGAAGCUUGAUGAUGAAAAGGCUGCUGAAACUAUUGCCAAGGCUGAUGAAGAAUCUGAGUCUGUUGAAGCCGCUGCUGAUGCUUCUGCUGAAGCCGUUGCUACCCCCGCUGAGCCUGUUGAGCCUGAAGCCGUCACCAAGACUCUUGAAGAGUACUUUGAGGAGUUGAGCGUUGAGUCUGCCGCUCUUGGUGGCCCCGCUGCUGAGACCCGCAAGCCCAAUGAAGGUGCUGAGGACUCCAAGUACCAGGCUGUUCUCAAGCGUGAAGAGGAAGACUUUGUUUCUGCCUCUAAGGUCAAGGCUGUCAAGUCCAAGAAGACUAAGGAAAAGGUCACUCUCGAGGUUAACCCCGUUUUUGCUUCUUCCCCAGCAUCUGCUCCUAGAUCUGACCGCCCCCCCCGCAGAUCCAAUAACAACAGAGACAACAGAGAUAACAGCAGUAACCACAGAGCCCCCCGUGACCGCAACAGCAACAACAACCGGCGCCAGGCCCCCCGUGCCGCUCAGCAGCAAAAGAAGUCUGCUGCUCCUGCUGCUCCUGCCGUCAACCUUGCCAACACUGACGAGUUCCCCACUUUGGGUGCCUAA